AUGGGUAUAUGUGCGCCGAAAUAACUAAAAAAGACAAGAGAAUAUUAUUCAAUGCCAAAAUAGCACCCACAGAUCCUAGAGCCCCAAAAGCUCCAAGAGCCCUUACAGCACCACGAACAGAUAUAUAUGUUAGAUAAGGAAUCAAAUAUUUAACAUAUGUAGAAAUAUAAUAUUCCUCCUGAUAACUAGAGCAAUCAUAUCCAAUAAUAAUAAAUUGUUGAAAGGGGGAAUUCUAUUUAUAAGCAAAAUUAAAAUACCAGUCAAAUUCUAAUAAGUGAUGUAUGUAAAAAAUGCCAGAAGCACAUUGGUGAAGCAUAAAAAGUGGUAAUUCAAUCUUGUAAUCAUCUUUAUGAUAUUAAUUGCUUUACGGAUCAUUUCAAAGAACAUAAAACUUGCUGUACUGAAACAAAAAUAAUAAUAAAUUAAGCAAAAUAUCCAAAAGCCUAGGUUAAUGAAAUAAUGAAGCAUAAAUUGAAAUAAUUAAUAGCAAAUAUUAAAAACAAUAUAGUUGUGCAAUGUCCAACAUAAUUUUGUUCAUUUUUAUUUAUUUACAGAAAAGAAUAUAAUAAAAAUUAAAAGAAAAAAUUCUAUUGCCAAAGAUGUUAAUAAGAGAUGGUAUAUGAUGGAAAAAUGUGUAAAUUUAUCGAUUUAUAAACUGUGUAAAACGAUAAUAACGUAAGUGAUACCUAAAUAUAUUUAAAAUUAGAAACCAUUUAAUUUGGAUGUUAAAUUUAAGAUCAUUUGAGAGUGUCAACUAAUUAAAUUAUUCUGCCUUGUAAUCAUGAUUGGUGCAAGAAAUGCUUGUUUGUAAAUUAUAAGGAUUGCCUGACAGCUGUAUGUCAUUGUGGUCAUCGGUAUCCUAAAAAUAUUUUUGAUUAAAUAAGUGAUAAAGAAGAAUGGAAUGAUAUCUAUGAUAGAUAGUUAUAAAUAAUAAUGUGGGAGUCAAAAUAUAGUUGGCAAUUUUGUAAGAACAAUUGUGGUUUCUUUUUUGAAUGUAAAAAUAUGGACGACGAUUGUUAUUGCAUCAAAUGUGAUUCAAUUAAAACUUGUAACAAAUGCAAAAAAGAGAUUUACUCCCAAUAUAUCUAAGUAAAUUAAUGCAACCACUAUUACCAUUUGCUAUGUUCAUUUAGUCUAUUGAUGGAGAAUAAUCUUAAGAAUCUAAGUUGUUUGUGCAAUUAAAAGAUAGAUAAUGAUAUAAAAGUUGAAAUGAAUAUCAUUUGUAUCAUAUGCUAGAAAUACGAAGAUAAUUUGAUCAUGCUCUAAUGUUGCCAUUUCAUUCACUAAGAAUGUUUGGAGAACAACUUAUAGGCAUUUUCAUCGUUUAGAUGCAAUGUUUGUCUAAUCCCAAUUGACAAUAUUAUUUAUGAACCGAGAUUAUUGUCUAUUAGAGAUAAAUUAAUAUCGAUGAAAAAAUAUUCUAAUUAGAAUAAUUUACUUAAAUCUGAUAUUGUUUUCUAGAAUAAAUAAGAAGCAAAUUUAGUUGGCAAUUAACAAUUACAAUAAUAUCAUAAUUAAUAGGUUAUAAUUAACAACAAUUAUGGUUACAAAUGA